AAGGUGAAAGGUUAUAGGGCAGGGGAUUGCAGGGGAAGCAGAAAGCGACGUGUGCUUACUGUAGGAGCAAGCUGCUUGUGUACAUUAGCCUCGUUUAUAAGGAAAGCGCGCCAUGGUGUUGUUAGAGAACGACGCGUUUUUGACUGAGCUGACUCGACUGUUCCAGAAAUGCAGAACUAGCGGAAGUGUCGUCAUCACUUUAAAGAAAUAUGAUGGCAGGACAAAGCCGUUGCCAAGGAAAGGUCACCCAGAGAAUUUUGAACCUGCUGACAACAAAUGUCUCAUCAGAGCUUCAGAGGGCAAGAAAAAAAUUAGCACAGUGGUCAGCACCAAAGAAGUAAUAAAAUUCCAGAUGGCAUAUUCUAAUUUGUUGAGAGCACACAUGGAUGGCCUGAAGAAGAAGGACAAAAAAAGUAAAAGCAAGAAGACUAAAGCUAUGCAGUGAUUGAUGGAGGAGCUGAACAGGGGAGAGGGGACCUGCUGACUCAACCUGUCCCAGGGGCAGCUUCAGUGAUCACCAGUCCUCCCUCAUGCCACCUCCUCUGUGUUCAGCCCCCUUCGACUAGCCAGCCGACAUCACGGCCUCUCUGUUUCCAGCUAUGGCGGCAGACUCAAACUUCGUCAGGCCAUCGAGUUGUGGCACUCAACAUCAGAGGGAGUAAAGGUGUCUAAAUGUUCCACUUUGCUGUCUCAUUUCAACAGUGAAAAAGGAGCAAGUGCGCUUUGGGGGGGCUGAACAGUACAUCUUCAUCCAUUCAAAUUUGUUCAGCUGGUCAAGAGUAGUGCUCAAGUUGGUGAGGUGGUACUGUAUAUUAUACAGGCUGUGACUGUCUUGCGUUAUAGCUUUAUCACAUUAUUUUAACCCAUAUGAUUUAACUGUAAUUUUGAAAGGAUAUUAAAAACUAUAAUGUCCUCCCCUCA